AUGGACCCAGUUACAAAUUUUAAUGAAUCUCAUGAUGCUUUUGUAAAACAUAUUGAAGAUGAAUUAUCAAGAACAAAAGGAAAACAACUUAUAUUAAUUAGUCUUAUUGAUGAAUGGGGAAAAGAAAAUAUUCUUAGUGAUACUUUUUACGAACAUAUUACGAAAUAUAAUAGUCCAUAUUUAUCAUAUGUAACAUUUGAUUUUCAUGAAUAUUGCAAAGGUCUUCAAUUUGGAAAUGUAUUAACACUCUUACAAUUGCUUGAUGAAAAGAAUCUUUUACGUGAAAUGCGUUUUUCUUGGAUAAAUACAGAGACAAAUACGAUGCUUACUGAACAAAUAAGUUUAUUUCGUAUUAAUUGUGUUGAUUGUCUUGAUCGAACUAAUGUUGUUCAAGCAGCUAUUGCCAAGACUAUUUUAGAAAUAAUGUUAAAAAAACUUGGUUUAUUAGAUUUUGAUGAAGGUGGUCUUAGUGGUCAUGCAAAAAGAAUUUUUCAAACAAUGUGGGCAGAUAAUGGUGAUGCUAUUAGUAGACAAUAUGCUGGAACUGAUGCUAUGAAGGUAAGAUAG